GUCAUUGUCACCAUCGACGGACACGCAGAAAACUGCACUGAAAAUGAAGAUAAUCAUCAGUCUCACAAUCGCAGUUGUGCUUAUUAGCACCUGUCAAGGAUAUAAUGGAUUAUCAGAAACGAUCCAGUGCUAUGAUGACAUACAGACUGCAAACAAUCUGCAGGAACAAAUUCGGGAGAUAUAUCGCAACAAAGAGUCGUUUUGCGAAGGUGUCGGGGGCUAUAAUGACUGCAAAGUUGUAAAAGAGCUUCGUGAACUACAUAACGAGUACAAGGAAGUACUAGAGAAUGUGCAGAAACUUCUAGUGGCAUCCAUGAUUGGGUAAACUCCCGAAGCACAAAAACCCACCACCCCUACCCAGCAACCUCUAGACGAAAAGCGAGUCGUUAGCCAAAUCAACGAAUUAAAGACCCAACUUAAUCUUCUGGACGAUCAAGGAACUGACGUGUAAAAUGAAACAUUGAAGAAAGAAAGAACAUGAAUCAAAAUAACAUAUAACAUAAUAAACAAAAAUAGAAUUUUUGGAUAUAAAAAAUAAAACAAAGGAAGAAUAAACUGAUAAGUGGAACCCUCAACCAUAUUGUGUAAAGGUAUUUUCGUAACACUAAAGGAUAAUGGGGAGGGGG